UUCCUAUUUUAACAGCAACAGUAUGGACCUGUCUAACUGAUAGCAACUGUGCUCGAGGUGUAGAACAAAUAUGUAGGUGGAUUUACCUAACACUAAUUAACAAAAAAAAUAACCAAGGUAGUCAGAGUCACUCCUGGAAUUUGGAUAAUGAACACAGUCCACACUCUUGCUCUUGUGCUUGGAUUGUCCUUUUUCGAAGGUAUAACUCUCCAGCCGUGCAGGGACAACGGUAUCUAUGACGUCACUUGGGGACAAACCACAAAGUUCACCUGCAGAGCCAACGGUCCUGUUCAGUGGCGAGUGCAAUUUGGCGACUCACAGGACUCCGAUCUGCUGGUGUCGUGUCCACAAAGUAUUGGUACAUGUUAUGUUUCCACUGAAGUUGGCGGACUUUUCCUCUUGAGGAUGGUGGAUGGUCAGAGAAUGAUGGUUGUGAAUGCUGUGAACAACACGAAGAUAUGGGAGUCGGUGCAGCUGGUGAACGGGAGCCUCUCGUGUAACGAGAUGAGUGGGUCCAUGUUAGACUGCUAUCAGCUCAACUUCGUGUAUCUUCCUGAGAAUGUGUCGUGCCGAGCGGUCACCACCUCAGGGUCUCUCAGUGUGUCAUGUGUCAUCGGUCGAGUCUACUCCUCCCGAAGGCUGUACACGUGUCAGCUCUGUCGACUCACCAAUGGUUCGAUGACAGACAUCCUGGACUCUGCCCCCAUGAUGACAUCACCAACGACGGACCUAAUAACAGAGAGCGAAGUGAAGGUUUCAGGUUUCUGUCAGUUCAACUCCACUUUACCAACACAAGAAGGGCGUUAUACCUUCUCUGUGUCUAUCUCUCCAGGAGGAGGUGUCCACAAUGCACGAUUUACAGAUGGGCGGGAUUGGUAUUCAAUCGAACGACCUUCGCCACCUACUCUGUCCUGUCAACCAUUGCCAUGUGUGCUUGGACAACUACACAUGAAAUGCAGGUGUACUGCCCAACAUCCGGGGCAGCCUAUUGGGCUCUUGCAGCUGCUUAUGGGCAAUCAGACGUACAACAGGAUGUUGUCAUCGAGUGGAGAACCAGAUAACGACAACCGAAACGAACUGUUCUAUACAGUGGCCUUAAGGGAGGAAGAUUAUAACGAAACCUGGUUCAGAUGCGAUUCUGUAUGGAGGACAGAGACCAUUUCUGGACAGAACCACAUCUUCAACGUAGCAUGUAGGUGGUUUGUUCUUUUUGUUCUUAUUUUUAAACAAUAGUUACUAUUUAUUUCUAUAAGAACCAAGCCAGAUUGGUUUUAAUCCAUGAAAUACGUGAAGAAGAUAUUAUAGGGUUUUAUGUAGAUUUUUAGCUUGGGGAGAAAAGUAUCCUUAAUGUGACAGCAAUACUUUCAAUGCUUCUGGAUUCCACACAAGUUGUGAAUCCCUUAACGAAAUUUUAUGAGAACCUUUUCAAAGAACAAACUUACAAGAAAGUCCUUCAUAUAAGUAUAUGUUUGUUAACCCUGGGAAACCUUUGGAUAAUAUUUUUGGGGAAAGGUUAAGUGAGGUAAAUGCACAUGUUGCCAAUUAUAAAUUCCAGAAAAGUCAGUAAACAUCUGCUAUAUGUGCGUAUGCCUUGUCCUGCUAGUGAUAUAAAAAGAUAUGGAUUUUUGCUUCGGAAAAACUUUGUCAUACGACCAGAGCUUGUCUUGCAAGAUGACUGAGAGCAACAACCUGUUGGUGGGAAGAAGACUUUAUUUCCUUGACUGUGAAAGAAAGAGUUAAUAUUUGAUACACCGCCCAAAAGAUUGAUUUGGGAAGAAGACUUUAUUUCCUUGACUGUGAAAGAAAGAGUUAAUAUUUGAUACACCGCCCAAAAGAUUGAUUAUUUAAUAUAUUAUCUCAGCCAAUCCAUUAAUAUUUAUUUGUUCUUUUGCCUCUUUCUGUCCAUGGUGGCUCUUAUGGGCUUGUUUCUUGACAAAAAGACUGAUUUAAAAAUAUAUUUUAAAAAGUUUGCUCUAUUUUUCUCUCUCUACCAUACCAGUUAAAGGGAAACAAGACAAACGCAUUUUCUCUCUUACCCCGCCAGUUAUCUGUUCCUUUUCCUUCAAAUUGUGUUUACAUUCAAAUCGUUGAAGUCUGAAAUCAAAACCUAGGUCUUUAACAAAUAUGCUCAUAAUCUUCUUCUGCUUACUCUUCAUACCCUCCUCCUCCUCUUCUUCCUACUCCUACUACUCCUCCUCCUCAUAAUCAUCAUCAUCGUCGUCUAUCGCUGAACCCAUUUACAAGCCUUUAGACACUUCAACCAUUUUGAAUUUCGUUAUUUUUGGUUCAUAUUUUUUUUAUAAACAAUGUCAGUUAUAAUAUAAAUCUCACAGCUAUGUCGGAACCCACUCUCAUUGUGCGUCACGCGUGCUCAGAACGUGAGUUCAACUAUUCUAGUUUCAACCCAGAGAAGACGAAAAGAACAGCUACAACUGUACUAGUAAAAAAAAGGUGUCAGAGGUUCAGAAUGCAAUUUUCACAAGUUUCACAAGAACAACCAUUUCAUAUAAAAAAAUAGACCAGUAAAACUAGUUGAAUCCGAAAAACUUUAGUGCUCUAAAGUCUAAGGAUGAGGACGCUGAACUCAUUUCUAAAAAAAGUGUCGUGCAGAAGGGACACGGAUAAACAAACGAUAAGACUUCCGAAGAAUUAUCGCAGCUUCAGAAGUCAUUCCUUCGCUUUUUGAGCAUAAUAUAUGAACCAAAGGAAACAGGAGGGAUAUAAUCAGCAGACUAGUGUUGGUCAACAAAGGGUCACAGGAAUGACAAGGUUAGUUUUGAUAAGCACUCGUUAUCGCAAAUGUAAGCUACAUGUCAUUUUGUGAACUGUGCUUUUCCUUAUAAAACAGAAUCUACAAAAUCUGUUUUGCGAAAAAAAUAAAAGUAGUAAAAGGACUAGUUUUAUUCUUUUUUCAAAAUCCUUCUGCUAGUAAAUAUUUAAUGUUUCUACCCAGAUGUAAGCAUUAAAGAAAUGUGCUAUUACUGUUUGGCUACUCGCUAUAUUUUUGCUUUAUUUUUCAUGUUUUGCGAAUUUUUUUUAAGGAGGGUAUUAUUUCAGGGGCUUUUAUUUCUAAAUAUGGAAGGACACAACAGCAAGACCCUUACAAACAGUGGGUACAAUUUCUUAUACUUUGAGCAUAUUAAUAUAGCAUAUUAACAACUACUGGUAUAAACUACAUUAAUCUAAUGUUUUUGACAGUGUAGUAAUUAAUGAUGCAGAUAUGAUUAAGUUUAUUGUUCAGGCUGGUGCAAAGAAUACAAAUUAUCAACCUCUACGACAGAAAACCACCUACAGCUGACAAGAAGUAUGUUGCGCCUAAAAGGAAUAAAAUUGCAGUUUCUAAUAACAAUCAUUUACUUUAACGACCGUUAAAAAUGUUAUACCUCCAGUACAAAAGAUUUUAGCAUACAAUAAAAACAGAUGCAUUUCAUUUUUAACUUCGCCUUUUCAGAAGUUUCUGAUGUUUGUGUACAGGAAUGCUCUCCAUAAUGAUUGAAUAGUUUUCAUGGAAAGUAAAUUGCUUACAAAAGGGAAGCAGAAAGUGAUCUCCCUUAGACUAAGUCAUUGAAGAUGGACUUUUGUCUAUUGUCUUGCGUUUGAUAAAGUGAAUCUAUUAACUUUGUAGAUUUCAGAUCUGAUUUGUAUUUUGCACCUUCCAUUGACAUCCUUGUCAUUGCUAACUAUUACAAUAGUUGCUCUAUUCUCUCCCUUUGCUCGCAGUGCUUAGGCGGUCCGGUGGUGCAACGGUUAGAGCUUGUCACCAACACAGUGAAGGUUGGUUGUCCCCUGUUCAACUCUCGUCUCGAGCACGCUGUUCUUUCUGUGCACUUGUCAUCUGUUUACAGGGCUGGCUGCUUGCCGUAAUAUAGCCUUAGCUGCUGACACGGCGUAAAACACCAAUUCCCCCCCCCCCUCAUACUGAUAUGAAGAUUGCUUGUAACACAUAAAUCUCCACCAUGCCUUGUCAGCAAUCCUCAUUC